ACAACACAAUCUUCCUUUCAUACACAUAAGCCUCUGUAGAGAGGCCAGAGACAAGCUAGCUCUAGCUAGCUGCUAGCUUUGCAGCGCCACGACCACUACUCUUUCUCCACCAGCUCCCCGAUCCCCUUGACCGACCUCGCUCUGCACACUGUUCAAGAUCAGCUAGCUUCGUUCCCAUCCAGUCAGAUCAUCAAGGUCUUGAUAGAUCGCAGCCCUGAAUGGACUUCGACAUGCUGAAUUCCCACCCGGAGGCGCAGCUGGAGCUGAUGAACGCAAUGCUCCAGCUGGAGCAGCUCACGUCGUUCCCUGACCACCACGGCGCCAUGAUGAUGGUGCCCUCGACGACGCCCCACCACGUCGCCAUGAUGAUGGUGCCCUCGACGCCCCCGUCGCCGCCGUGCAUGCAGCAGCAGCAAGCUCACCACCACUUCUCCUCCUCGGUGCCUCACCACAUGUCCGCGGGCGGCGCCAACGGCCGCGCCACCUACCACGACCACCACCAGUACUCCUCCGCCGUCACUUCCCACGCGUCGUGCAACGGCAGCGCCCGCUCGGAGUACGCGGCGCAGGACUACCCUGCCGCCGCCGCAGCCGGCGGCAACGGCGGAGACGGCGCCACCGCCGUGGGGUCGUCGGCGAUGCGGGAGAUGAUCUUCCGCGUGGCGGCGCUGCAGCCGGUGAACAUCGACCCGGAGAUGGUGCGGCCCCCGAAGCGGCGCAACGUGCGCAUCUCCACCGACCCGCAGAGCGUGGCGGCGCGGAUGCGGCGGGAGCGCAUCAGCGAGCGCAUCCGCAUCCUGCAGCGGCUCGUCCCGGGCGGCACCAAGAUGGACACCGCAUCCAUGCUGGACGAGGCCAUCCACUACGUCAAGUUCCUCAAGACGCAGGUGCAGUCCCUCGAGCGCGCCGCCGCCGCCAGCGGCCGCCGCCCGGCGGCACCGGCGGUGGACGACGGCGGCGACGCGAUCUACCCCGGCCGCAUCAGCGGCCAGUGGUAGAUCUCGACCGAUCGUUGGCUCGCGCGCGGCCACCCCCUCCGGCAGUCAUGCACGACCAUGUUGUGCUCGAUCAUUCAUCGCCGUCGGACCUGGAGCUUUGCACGUACGCACGCACUGCGACGAACACGCGCGCGUCGGCAGCACGUGUGUGUACGAUCAUAUGUUGUGUAAAAAUUAAGAUGCACUUUGGCUAGACGCCCUACAUUUUUACUAGUAGUACCUAGCUAGAGAUGUUUUUUUACUGCCAUUUGCAUGCUUGCGACUAUACUCUCGCAGCACAUGCACACAUGUAAUAGCUUGUACAUUGCACGCAUCUCAUGUUGUGAACGUGUUAAUUUCCAUUCGUCGCCA